UGCCUUCACGGCUUCCGUAGUCCUUAGUAGCGGUGCAGCUUGGGGGACACAUACCGACACAACACCGGAACCGUGCGUACACACCGUGAACCAGAACUACAUCUGAGCCCGCGGAGAGCACAUCUCCAGGCUGCACCAGGACACCAUGAUCUGCAUCCUGCUGGUGGCUGGACACGGAACAGUUUUAGAGACAGAAAUCAAGAACGAUGACACAGGUUUAUACGGCCACCUUGCUGCGGUACCAAAGGCUUUGCUUCCUGGGAUUGGAGGGAAGAAGAUCCUUGACUUUUGGUGGGAAAUGGUCAACAUGCGACAGCUCUUUACUGAAGUCUAUCUGGUUACCAACGCAGACAAGUACAAGCAUUAUGAACGCUGGGCAACAGCUAACGACUUCCCGGUGGAGAACAUAGUGAAUGAUGGCAGCACGACGUUGGAGGACCAGAUGGGGGCUGUUGCUGAUCUAGAACUUGUCAUACGAAGCCAGAAGCUCCAGGACGACAUUGUGGUGAUUGCUGGAGACAUGAUGUGUGCUGACCAGAACUUUGACAUCGCUCAAGUCAUUGGCUUCUUCAAGUCCAAGCCUGGAGAGCUGAUUAUCUACUAUGAGCUGGAGGAAGGUGAGCGGAGCAGCUCCAGGGGUAUUGUGGAGGUUUCUCCUGAGAGCCACAGGAUAACUCGCUUCGUGGAGAAACCUGAGGAGGGUCUGACGGCAUCUCGGCUGGCCAGUGUGGUGUUUUACUGCAUCCAGAAAAACACGCUGUGCUGCAUGUCGGACUUCCUCAGCCUGCAGCCAAAAACCACCAGCAGGACCUUCGGACACUUCUGGGAGUGGUGCAUCAAUGAGAAGCACCUUGAUGUUUUUGGGAUGAAGCUUCCUACUGGUUUCCAGCUCAUUGGACAAGUGGGCCUGUCGGACUACACAAAGUGGCUCGCUCACUACUCGUCCAAGAAGCAUGGUAAUUCAGCUAAACCAAUCACUUGCCGCUCAUAUGCCAGGGUUGGAUUGAUGGGAAACCCUUCGGAUGGCUUCAAUGGGAAAACCAUUGCCAUGACUAUCUCCAACUUCUGGGCUGAAGUAACUCUGGUGGAGAGCCAGACUUUGAGUCUAGUUCCUCAUCCACUCAAUGACCCCACAGAGUUUGGCAGUCUUCAGGAUCUGUUCUGCAUCAGCAGAAGGGAGGGAUAUCUGGGAGGUCUCCGCCUGUUGCAGGCUACUUGUAAGAAGUUCUACCAAUUCUGCUCCAAACAAGGCAUUGCCUUGACGAAGCAGAACUUCACCCUGAAGUACGACACCAACAUUCCUCGGCAAGUGGGCCUUGCUGGAAGCAGCGCCAUCAUCUCAGCCACCCUCAAAUGUCUCAUGAAGUUCUACAACAUCACAGAUGAUGACCUCCCUAAACCAGUCAGGGCCAACUUCAUUCUCAGCGUGGAGACUGAUGAGCUGUUCAUCACUGCAGGCCUGCAGGACAGAGUGGUGCAGGUCUAUGAAGGCUUAGUCUACAUGGAUUUUAGCAAGCUGCUUAUGGAUGAGCAAGGCCACGGGAACUAUGUGUCCAUGGACAUGAGCAGCCUUCCGCCCUUUUGGCUGGCCUAUUUGAGCGACCCCAGUGACUCCGGACGAAUCCACAGCAACAUCCGACAGCGUUGGCUCAAUGGUGAACACGAGGUUGUUGAGGCCAUGAAGUCUUUCUCUGAGCUCACAGAUCAGGCAAAAUCCGCCAUCCAGGACAGAGACUGGACCCGUCUGGCACAACUAAUGAACGAGAACUUUGAGCUGCGGAGGUCUGUUUACACAGACGGCUGUCUGGGUCCCGGGAAUCUCAAGAUGGUUGACCUGGCGAGACAGUUUGGCUCAGCAGUAAAAUUACCAGGUAGUGGGGGGGCUGUGGUAGGUCUGAUCCUGGACCAGGACAAACUGGUGGAGAUGAGGCAAGCUUUCCAGGAAGCAGGCUGUGUCUUCUGUGUCAUCACACCUUACAACCCAUCACAAGUGCUAUCAGAGGUCUCAGCUAACCUCACAGCUCGCUAGUUCUCCGUCAGGACUCUGCAGACGCGUGUGCUCCCCGUCUGCAGAACAGAUCUGCUGUCACCUAUACGACGACUUGAUGGACUUUUGUAAAGCAGGAUAGAGCCACAUUGAUUAGCUAAAUGAAAUGACACUUGAGAUUAAUUAGAAACAUGUUAAAAUCAGGGUUUAUGUUAGUAUUGCUAUUAGAGAUCGUAUCUAAGCAAAGAUAGAACGAGUUGCACCAAUGAGUUAAGUUCCAGAUCUACAGUCAUGGCCAAAAAUGUUGGUUUUCACAAAGUGUUCUGCCUCUGUGAUAGAAUAGAAUAGAAUAGAAUAGAAUAGACUAUUGAUCCCACAGUGGGGAAAUUCACUUGUUACAGCAGCACCAACACUUGGAGAAUAAUUGAAGAAAAAUAGUAACAAUGUUGAUUGUAUUGAAUACAAGCACUUCAUCAAUUUCAGUGGCUUUAAUUAACAGUUUCAUCAUGUUUAUGCACCAUAAUAUCCAAUAUGUCCACCUAGUUUUUACUUUUAUGGCCCGAUGCUCCAUCAUGCUGGGAAAGUCAUUGUCCUUCAUCAGACUGUUCUUGGAUGGUUUGAGUACGUUGCUGCUGGAGGGCCUUUUGGCAUCAGCCUUUAUUCGUGGCUGACUCUCUACCCCACACAACUGCACGGUCUUGGCUUUAAUGUUCGAUGAGACAGGACUGAUGUUAGCACUCACCCUUUCUUCUCAGAGAGGUGUGGCUUCUUUGCUGCCGUUCAACAAAUUCAAUUGAAUUCAGAAUAUUUCAGCAGAUCCUUUGAAAUGGAGUGGAAAUGCUAUUUCUGGCAUUAAGUUUGUUUUCAUUGCACAGGUCUUUGCAAUUCAACACCCUUCUAGACUAAAUGCGAAUCGCCAUCGUAGAAACGGAAGCAGCAAACUUGGUGAAAACAAAUAUUUAUGUCAUUCUCAAAACAUUUGGCCAUGACUGUAAAUUCAAAAAGAAAAUGUGUGUUUAAGAAAGAACGUAAAACACAUUUACUAUCAGCAACAAUGGAAAAUUAUGGGCUAGUCCUCUGACUGAUAUACUGAUUUUAUAGACCACACACAUUUAAUUGCAUAUAUUUUAUAGUAAAUGUGAUUUUUUGUGCACAAAGCAGUUGCUGUAUGUUUUUCCCCCCAUGUCACAUUUUAAGUGUGCAGUCUUCAUGUAUACAUACGGGUUUGUACCCAUAUUUAUAAAUCAUGUAUAAAAAAUGUGUACAUCACUGAAACAG